AUGGUAUCCCCAUGUCCUACAUGGCUGGUGGUGGCCCUCAUCUCAGGGAGCAUGCUGCUGGCCGACGGCUAUCUCCUGGGUCAGAGCCCAGGAGGUUGGUGGCUGGGCCUGGGGCUGCUGCUCUCUGCCGGCAAUGUCUGCCUGCUCUUGGUACUUCGCCCCGUAGUGGCUGGUGCUGAUGCAGAAGCCCAUAGCACCCGCCGGGGCUGCACCAUGUUGCUCUGGUUUCUCUACAUCUUCGUGUUGGAGAUGAAGGUCUACUUCAUUUAUCGGACUUGCCGGGCUGAGGGGCACUGCCCCAGCCCACCGGCCCGCCAGGCCUUCACCCUGGUGCUAGCACUCAGUGUGCCUGGACUCUUUGCCCUGCUGGGGUCUCCAAAGGCCCCAGAGAUUUUGUCAUCCUUCCAAUGGCGUGAAGAACUCAGGAGUCACCUGCUCUGGGUGGUGGCAGACUUGCUGGAUAUUUUAGAUGUGCAGGCAGGGCUGUGGGAGCCACCUCAAAGGGCAUUGCCCUUCUGGGCAGAGGGUGUCACAUUCUUCUACUGCUAUGCUCUGCUACUGUUGCUACCAUGUGCUGCCCUGGGGGAGCUCAGCCUACAAGGCCCCCAGCCUCUGCCUCACCGCAUGGUACUCUACCCCCUCCUCAGCCUGCUCACAGUCAAUCUGGCCACCAGCCUCAUCAGGGCCACGCAUCUCCUGCUCUUCCGUGACACUUAUGUCUCCAGCAUCUUUCUAGGAAAGAACUUGCUGGCCUUGGCCCUCAAGCUCAGCAUGUUCCUGCAGUACCGAAAACAGUGGCUGUCUGGCUCAUCAUCACCCUGGACUCCCACCCAACCUGGCCUUAUUAUACCAACUCAGGCCAUGAGGCCUACCUGA